UCCACCGCAAGCAGCAGCAAACCAGACCAGCAGAUCAGUGACUGUCUUUUCAGAAUACGACCCCGUGUCGAACGGACACGCAUAAUACGUAGAAUUAUUGCAGAAGGCGCAGUGCUGAAGUGCGAAAAAAUAGGAACACCUCUGAAAGUCCCGUUUCGAGCUCUAUUGCGUAGCAUCGCGAGUGCGUGAAGUUGGUAUCCAUUUCGACAGUGUACAUCAUUGUUCGCGUAUUGUGGCAAAAGUGAGAAUCGAUUUCGACACCCCAACCCGAGGUUUCACGUAAUAGCUGGGGAGUGCAUUUUGGUACCAUUUUUGUGGUGCAGCACUUCCGUCAGCACACUUCAGAAAUCAGAGAAAAUAGGAAGUCUUUGUCUCCGGAAGAUAAAGUUUCUUUCCACUGGGAAUAAUUCGCGCAUAGUGUUAUUUGGAAGAAGAUAGUUUUGAAAUCUCAGUGCAAAAUAGUGUGCUGCUGGACAACGAGAGAAAAUUAGCUCAAAGGUGAAACUACAUCAGCAGCGGGGAGCAAGUAAGCAGCUGAGCAAAACAAAUUAUUUUGCAAAUUUUAAAACGUCACAAAGUUUUUGGAUUGACGAGCCAGCUAGGAAAAAGAUGUCCUCACGGUACGACUUGAACGCACCGGUACCCGGUAUGGCACCGGUCUCAUUGCCCCGAGAUCAAAGGCGACCUGUUCCCGACGAUGAUCUUCUGACUGCCGUUGAAGCCGAUUACACGAUCCGCAAACGUCGCGUUUGGUCCCCAGAAGAGGAUGACUCGCUGGCUUCGGAAGACAUCGACCUGCUCGAUGAUGACGACGAACUGGAGGAAGAGGAAGACGAUGGUGUCGGUUGCCCGCUGCCAUCUACGCCAGAGGACACCCAGCUGCUAGAAGCGGAAAUGACUGAAGUGCUCAAGGCCGGAGUCCUGUCGGACGAAAUCGAUUUGGGAGCACUGGCUCACAAUGCGGCCGAACAGGCAGAGGAGUUUGUCCGCAAGGUGUGGGAGGCGUCGUGGAAGGUGUGUCACUUCAAGCAUCUUCCCGCAUGGCUUCAAGACAACGACUUUCUGCACAAAGGUCAUCGGCCGCCCCUGCCCUCCUUUAGUGCGUGCUUCAAAUCUAUAUUCCGCAUUCACACCGAAACCGGCAACAUUUGGACGCAUCUGCUGGGCUGCGUGAUGUUCAUCGGAGUGGCUGCCUACUUCCUCACUCGGCCAUCGUUCGAGAUUCAAUUGCAGGAAAAGCUGAUCUUUUUGUCGUUUUUCAUAGGUGCGAUCGUGUGCUUGGGCUGUUCAUUCGCUUUUCACACGCUAUGCUGUCACUCGGAGAUGGUGGGAAAACUAUUUUCGAAACUGGACUACUGUGGAAUCGCCUUGCUGAUCAUGGGUUCGUUCGUUCCUUGGCUGUACUAUGGCUUCUACUGCCACUACAAACAUAAGAUGAUCUACUUAACCGUCGUAAUCGUGCUGGGCGUAACAUCGAUCAUCACCUCCCUGUGGGAUAAGUUCUCCCAGCCGAACCUGAGACCAUUGCGUGCGGGUGUCUUCAUGAGCUUCGGAUUGUCUGGCAUCAUUCCGGCCAUCCACUAUGUCCUGAUGGAAGGUUGGUUUAGCAAAAUCUCUCAAGCCAGCCUCGGUUGGUUGAUCCUGAUGGGCUUGCUGUACAUUCUGGGAGCACUGUUCUACGCGCUGCGAGUGCCUGAACGAUGGUUCCCCGGAAAGUGUGACAUUUGGUUCCAAUCGCAUCAGAUUUUCCACGUGCUGGUUCUAGUGGCAGCAUUCGUGCACUACCACGGCAUCAGUGAAAUGGCCAUGUACCGAGUAACUGUCGGCGAAUGCGACAUCCCUCACCAGCAUCCAGCGAUCAGUUUUUGAGGCUCUUCCUUUGUCUAAAAUAAAAUCUAGAUGAGUAAUGAAAAAGCCUGAUUCUGUACUACCAAACCGACUUCGUUUUAAUUCCAUUUUGGAUGAACACGGUUCUCUUCAAGGAACUAUAUAAUAAUGCGAACAAGUUAUAACUCAUUUAUGUAUGUAUUUUGUGUCGUCAUGAUGCAAAAACGUGAAAUAUCAAAGAAUAGUUUUUUUUGUUUUGUUUAAAUAUUUGUUUAUAGAUUUCUAGAUUGUUCACGAAUUAAACCAUUUCACAUUCACUGUUUACUUGAUACCCUUGUUCACUUUCUAUGCUGUCAUUAUUUGAAACAUAAAAGUGAAUCAAUUGGAAAGCAACACAGAGAAUACUGAAAUUGUCGGAAGUACAUGAUUAUUUAACGCGAGAUGGCUUUAGCAGUACCUUUUCAAUUUAAACAAAAAUCGAAUCCAAUUUUUAUUGCACAGUAAAUCAGUAUGAGCUACAGUUGGAGAAACUGAGAAUGGAAAGGAUAGAUCCACUUAAUAAAUUACACACUAUUUGUGCAAGAAAAAAACACACAGACGUACAUAUAAUUAUAUUGAUAAAUAGAAAAGAGGUAAGAUAAUUAAAUAACGACAGAAAAAAAAAAUCAGCAGGAUAACUCAAAAAGAGAAAUAAAGAAGAACAACUAACAGAACCACAUAGAAUCAAACCUAUAUGUGAAAACAAGAAGCAAAACCAUAAGAGAGUAAAAACAAUGCAAAAUUCUUGUUAAGUAUAAUUUAUUCACACGUACUGCUGAUGAGUAGUAGCAGAAAUAUUACAAAACAAUAAAAAAUGGUGAAUGUGCUAUGAAAAACA